GCUCCCCUCCUUGCAACGUACAGAAAAAACUACUCCUUCCUCUUCCUCAAUCAGAUGCUCGAAGUAUUCUUCGUGUCGAUCCAUGAGUUUGACUGGGAAAAGAUUUCAAAAAUCAUUGAUUUAAUCAAACAUCGAAAAGGUGAUUCAUUCAAACACUAAUUUUCUCUCAAAAGAAUGCAUAAGCUGCCCAACAACAUAUGUAAGUAUGACAAUGAAUACAUAUUUGCAUUUGUUGUUUCACAUUUAAUUUAUGAUUAUAGUUAUAAUAAUUUGGUGUAUAAGAAUAUUAAAUCAUAAAAAUACUCUUCAACUAAUAAUUGUUACAAAUUAAAGUAUUUAUUUACGUAAAAAUAAUUACUUAGAAUUUUUAAGAAUAUAGAAAUACACGUCAAUCAAGGGUAGAGCUCUUUCUGGAGUCUUUUUCCGUCUUCGAUUUUAAUCGAAGGACGGCCGCUAUUUCCGUCUUCGAUUUUAAUCGAAGGACGGCUGUUGUUGUUUGUGCUUCGUCCUCGAAGGGCGGAUUUGCUGUCAUGGCUCGAAGAGAUCGGCGUUGUGGUCAAGGUUCGAGGAUGGUGCGUUGCUGUUGUCGUUGGAGAAGAUCGACGCCGCCUAUCCAUUUACUCUGGUUGCAUGGGGCAGGGAUGAGUUUGGUUAUGCAGGGUCGGGGGAUUGAUGCAUGGCCUUUGGCAGCCAAAGGUCACGGAGUAUCAAUUAACAUGGUACCGGUGGUAAGACCUCCUCCAGAACCACCACCAUGGGAUGUACGAGGUGUUAGAGUUCGUGAACGCUUUUCUUGUAGUUUUUAUCUGUUUGUUAUUUGUUUUCUUGUGUCCACUUUUGUUGUUGGUUUUGACAAUUUGUUUGAGUUUUUUGCCUCUCUUUAUGUCAUUGGGUAUGGUUGGAUCUAUGGGAAUAUGUUUGGCUGUGUCAAGCCCACUACAUGGUUAGCGAUUCGUGUUACUCUCUCAGGGGUGACCGUCUCAAAGUCUCACCAUAGGGUUACAGUCGUAGUAGUUGAAGUUUCACUUGGUGUCAGUUUUAUUUUCCUUUUGCUUGAUGUAAUGAUCCUGAAUCUUUUGAUAUGAAUAGAAGCCCGU